AUGAAGCCAUAUGUGGUGUUGGCUUGUUCCCAGGUUUCUGGAAACCAGCAUGAAGAGCUGCAAAAUGUGCGGAAGCAUAUACACUCCUGUUUCACCAACAUCUCCUGUUUCCUUUUACCUCAUCCGGGCUUGAAAGUAGCUACAAAUCCCAAUUUUGAUGGGAAACUCAAAGAAAUUGAUGAUGAUUUCAUCAAAAACUUGAAAAUCCUGAUUCCAUGGCUAUUGAGCCCCAAGAGCCUGGAUGUCAAGGAGAUCAAUGGAAAUAACAUCACCUGCCGAGGCCUUGUGGAAUAUUUCAAGGCCUAUAUUAAGAUCUACCAAGGAGAAGAGCUCCCUCAUACAAAAUCAAUGUUGCAGGCCACUGCAGAAGCAAACAAUCUGGCAGCGGUUGCCACUGCAAAAGAUACUUACAACAAACGAAUGGAAGAGGUGUGUGGAGGUGACAAACCUUUUCUUGCACCCAGUGAUCUUCAGAAUAAACACCUGGAGCUCAAGGAAGAGGCAGUCCGGCAAUUCCGUGCUGUGAAAAAGAUGGGGGGUGAAGAAUUCAGCCGUCGGUACCUCCAGCAAUUGGAGGCAGAAAUUGACGAGCUCUAUGUCCAGUAUAUCAAGCACAACGACAGCAAGAACAUCUUCCACGCUGCUCGCACCCCAGCCACCCUGUUUGUUGUCAUCUUCAUCACUUACGUCAUUGCUGGUGUCACAGGCUUCAUUGGAUUGGACAUCAUAGCCAGUCUCUGCAAUAUGAUCAUGGGGCUAACUCUGAUCACCCUUUGCACAUGGGCAUACAUCAGAUACUCCGGGGAGUACAGGGAGCUGGGGGCCGUCAUAGACCAAGUGGCAGCAGCACUCUGGGACCAGGGCAACACAAAUGAGGCGUUGUACAAACUUUACAGCGCAGCUGCCACCCACAGACAUUUGUACCAUCAUGCUUUCCCUACAGCCCAGAAGGUGGAGCCCAAGGAAGGGACAGAGAAGAAGAGUAUGUAAUCCAGAGGCUUUCCACAGAGGUGCAAGAAAUACAUCAUUCAAACACGCUAAUCACUUCUGCAUCCAUGUACCAAUCUCUGGCACUCCUCAACAUGGAAGAUGGGAGAAAAAUGAUAACUCAUUCACUCAUGCACCAAUGGCUUAAGUGUGGCUGCUUUAAUUUGGACAAUGCCCUGCUUGAGAGUGGAUGAAUCAGCAUGACUGUCAUUUUCUUUUUAAAAAGGAUGCUGUGACUUAAUUUUGCUGCAGACUCAGUACUCUUUGGUUCUCUAGAAAAUGCUGUUACUUUCAGAUCUUUUUAAGAGCAUAAAGCCAGAGCCAGAGAUGCUAAUUGUUUCUCCUUUCACACCAGAUUUUUUCCCCCUCACAGCUGAGCCACACCAUCCCAAAGAAGCAAGAAUGGGAUGUAGCAGCAGUGCAGCUGACGAUCAUGCACACAACUGCUUGGGUGGGGCUUCUCUGAAUCUGAGCCCCUUGAGUCAUUAAGACCAUUUAAGGCUUUCUGGGGGGGGGGAGACUCUCUUUUAAGUCAAAUUCAACUCCUGGUAACUUCAUGGACACAUCCAUGCAGUUUGAUGAAGAGAAGUAUGCAAAUUAAACCUUUAUGUGCACUUAAGAGGGUUUUGUGAGGCAAACCUGAUGAAUAAAAGUAAUGGUCUGCCUGUAAACUGUACACUUAUUUAAGUGGGGUUAUCCUAACAUUGCCCAAUGUACACCUAAAGGUUUUGAUAUGCACACUUUUCUUAAUACAGCUUAUUCACUUGCCUUCUCUGAAGUUGCAGAAAUUUCUUUUGCUAUAAUAUGUUAAAGAGAUGGAAAAGCCUUUUUUAACAUGUCUUUGAAAAUUCCACUGUAUAUAUAUAUUUGUUUAGUGCAUAAAGAGUGUUCCUAGUUUUAUUAUGUUAUUGUUGAUUAAAAGUUUGUUCCUAAGACAAUUAC